GGCUGGUGCUGCUGUGGAAGCGGAAAGCUGACCGAAGUCCCAUGACAUAAUUAGCAGUCAGGCGCGUCACAAGCAGAGGGUAACGUCACUCGGUAACGCCAGUUCUUGGCGUCGCUUUUGCCAUGGACAACGAGCUGCCCUCCAAUUCGACGUCGACCUACUUCGGGGACUCCCCAGACGUGGACACACGGUCGUGUCGUCUGCUCGGGCCCAUAGCGCUGGUGCGAUUCUACGCCAUCCCCCCCUGGCGCAGUGCUCACAUCACCGCGCAGAUUGUGCAGGGUCUGCUCGGGAUCCUCGUCAUUCUGUCCCUUGUGCUGAAGAGGCAGCGGGAGAAGCCUAUGCGCCCGUGGAGGAUAUGGCUUUUCGACGUCUCGAAACAAGUUAUCGGGCAGAUGUUCGUGCACGGCGUGAACGUGCUGAUUUCCGACCUCGUCUCGCACCACACCUCAAAUAACGCCUGUGUCUCCUACUUUCUCAAUAUCUUAAUUGACACCACUCUCGGUGUCGGGCUACUAUAUGUCAUCCUGCAAGUUUAUACAUUCAUCAUGACGGAAAAACUGCAAAUGCAAGGCUUCCAGUCCGGCGUUUAUGGGAACCCGCCGUCGUUCAAGUUUUGGCUCCGGCAAGCGACGCUGUACGUUUCAGCCCUGACGACCAUGAAGUUCCUCGUGAUCGGGCUGUUGGCGCUGUUCCCGGGACUGUUCACGCUGGGUGCGUGGCUGCUGAGCUGGACGUGGAAGGCAGAUGGCGAUGCCUUGCAAGUCAUAUUCACGAUGGGAAUUUUCCCGAUUUUGAUGAACAUAAUACAAUUCUGGCUCAUUGACUCUAUAGUCAAAGCCUCAGGGGUCGCAUUGGAUCUCGACACCCCAGACCCACUCGACCGUGAGCCGUUGUUCGGGGCCCCGGACGACGAUGAUGACAGAGACGGCACCCCCAACUCAUACACGCAUCGGGACACCGAGAGCCAUCCGCACCACCACGACGUCUCAUCGCCGUCCAGCAGCGUCUCCGAUUCCUCCGAAACGUUGGGCACGCCAGCAGAGACCAAGUCCGCCGCUCCCGGCGACGACCACGCAUAUCCACCCUCGUCGUCAUCGUCGCCCUCCUCGUCGUACAGCUCCCAGCCUCCGUUGCGCGAAGCCAAGAAGCUGGGCAAGCCCAAGCGCCGGCCGCCGCCCCCGAUCCACAUCCAGAACAUGAAUCGCCCCGCAGUCAACUCGCCGUGGCAGACACCGAAACCGGCCCCGUCGCCGGCGCCAGCGCCAGCGCCGGUGCCCGCUGUGGUGCCCGCAGCCCAGGACAACUCGUGGAGCGACUCCUGGGCUGAGGAGGAUGACUGGGCUGACAAAGUCGGGGAGGAGGAGUGGACCGGCAAGAGGAUGGAGGAAAGGAAGGGUGCGCUGUCUGCGUGGGGCUCAAGUAGUCCGCUGGUUAAUAGAGCUGUUCAGCAGUCGUUUCAAACACGAUUUUUAGCUAGUAGUUUGUAAAAUAUGAGUGGAGCUUAGAAAAAUC